UCACAGCAGCAGCAGCGUUGGAGAUCCAGCGGUCCGACAGCACAUGGAUCCCCAGUGAGAACCUAGAGCUCUCCGGCCAGGAGGGGUGUACAAGGAGAGAGAUGGCUCUGUGCUCCGAGGCCUGUGCUUCUGGCUCAGGAGGAGAAUCCUCCGGCAGUGAGGCAGGUUCAAGCGGUCUUCGUUUUGGGGUUCGUUCCUAUCUGCACCACUUCUAUGAAGAGUGCUCCUCCUCCAUGUGGGAGAGAGACCCGGAGGAUCGGGGGUUCGUCCAGAGCCAGAGGUCAGCCCUGUGGUGGAACUCAGCAGUCUGGAAGGUGUCCUUGGCCCUGGGUGUCCUCAUCUUGACUGCAGGUAUUGCCACACUGUCGGUCGGCUACUCCACUCCUCCCAAAAUCGAGUCGUUCGGAGAGGGAGAUCUGUUCUUCGUGGACACGCAGGCCAUCAGCUUUAACAAGGGGCUGCAUUUCAGCGCCGCAGCCGGGAUUGGGCUCUCCUGCCUCGGCUCUGCCCUGGCUGCAAUGGGGGUUGUUGUUUGGAUCCUCCCCAAGGCCAACUUGAAAGAGAGGCUGUCCCACAGACCAGGGGGAGUAGAAGGGAGAAGAGAGUGUGGGUCAAAGUGGAGGGGCUUUAAGGAUGUUAGGGAUGUGGUCACCAAGCCACCUGGUUCAGAGGAGGGGAAGGUGCCCUUUACUUUGUCGAAGGUGGAAAAUGUGCAGCCCGCUUCUUAAAAAAGAUCACGACUGAGCUAUAAGGCUUUUGUUCUAGUCCUGGGGCCUUUUUUUUUUUUUGCAUGGUCUUAACUUCUUGUCUUACCUCUGUCAAAGGAAAUGUGUUAUUUCAACAUGCAGAUUGUUCAGAUGGAGGCUGUUUUGUCACCUCAGUAUUACAGUUAGACCCCUGCAGUUUGAUUGGAUUGGACUGGAUUGGAUUGACUAGCCUCUCUGUAGUUCUAGGGAUGUGAUUUUGUUUACAAGCACCAGUCAAGAAAACCCACAUAUAUUAUGAUUUAGUGAAAAAAACACAUAAAUAAAUACAUUAGAGGAUGUUAAAAAACUUAAAAAAAAAACCUCAGAUUUACAUUACACAUAUAAAACCUACAUUUGUUGUUUGUUUUUUUAAAGAUACAUAGCAAUGAUCUGAAAUGGCAAGAAGAGCCAAAUCCUCUCCCCUCCCCCGCAGCAAGGAGCGAAGCCUUGCAUGAAGCAUGAAGAGAGUUUUGAGGGUCUGGACAGACUGGCCUUUUCCCUCCGAGUGGCUCUAAUCUUACAAAUAUGUCAUUCAACUCGAUGCCAACAGUGUUUUGGGAACAUUUAACACUCUUUUCCAACCGUCUUUUGUUAUCUGCACCGAGGCUGCCAAACCAACAAAUCAUUGUUUAUUUAGAGCUGAUGAAUAAAACAUUUUCAAUCAGCUUCAUGAUUGGGCUUUUUGCACAUGAAAUCAUUCAGUGUCAUUUUGUCGUUCAGAGUGAUGCCCAGGUACCUGUAAUGGCUCACUAUCUAGGUGUAGCUGUGGAUUCGAUGAAAGUGGGUGCAGAGACAGAAAGAUUUCAGAGAAAGCUCCUCUUUUGUUUCUGAGUGAGUAUAUGUCAUCGCACAAACUGACAAAAUUAUCUGAAGCUGGACCACGGUUCACUUCAUGGUUUGAAAGAGGCUGAUAAUCACCAACGAUACCAACGCUGGUGUUGUUGCUGGAUCGAUACUAGAACGAUAGGACCGAUAAUGUGUUUGUGUUGCACAGCACUGCAAAGAACCUCAGUCCAAACGUUAAUAGUCAUUGCAAAAAUAACAAAGUGAAUAAAACACACCCAUGUGGUGAUCCUGUUGAACUGUAGACAUGAUAAAAGAUGGAUGUCCGUACCGUGACUUCAUCAAGCCUCCAGAUUAGCACUUUUGGCAUCUUGGUGUUUUCAAACUGGAUGCGCCCACUGAUUGAUAGCUCUGACCACGAAACUGUACGCUUACAAGCCAUUAGCCAAUACUUCAUAACAUUUUCUGAAACUUAAAAUGACCAUAAUUUACUAAAUGAACUUGCUCUUUUCAAUAUGCCUAAAAAAACAAGUGAUUGAACCAGUAAGCUCACAGCUAUCACCUCCUUGUAGUGAAAAGACUGCAGGUUCAAGGCCCAUCCAGCACUGACUAUGUCCAUCUUUCGGGUUGUCAUCAGGGCUUCAGACAAGGUGUCAUCAGACCUCAUUUUCAGUAACCCAACAUAUAGUACAUUUGCAGUAUUUCAGAAAGCCUGUGUGUUUAGUAUGAGACUGGAUGCUGUCAAAAAAUGAAAAGAAGUCAUAAGCAUGAACAUAAGUGUGUCUUCUUGACCACCGACCAGAUCCAGAAAUGUGGUGUGGCAUCUACUGCCUCCAUCUUUACUUCUCUUUGUUUAAUAUGUUGAAAAGCUUUCAGAGAAGAUAAGCUGUAGAGGUAUUUUUAGGCCCCAAGACUUGAACCAUAAGGCACGUAGUUAUCGUAAACACCUCGUAGUGCAGCAUAGAGACAUAGCUGUUGACCGGGUAGACUGUGUUUGUCCACUAGCAUUAAGAAAAUACACUCAGUUCUUAGAAAUGUAUGUUUUUAUUCCUCCUAUUUCAUGUUGUUUUUGCCUUGUGUUUUGUAUUUUUUUAAAUAGCGGUACUGGCUUUCAAAGUACUUAGUGAUGCUGGUGAUGAUGUUGUGUGAACCGCACGUGAAUCCUGGCUCUCCGCUCAUAAAGAGAAUCAUUAACAAUUAUGUACCUGCAGCUACACACAUCUACACAUACGCUCAGCCUGCUGUGUUGAACACAGUCACACGCACUCUCACUCUCACCCACACACCCACACGCACAGACGCACAGUAAUUUGUGCUCCAUUGACAGUAUCACCUCCCUUCUCCACACUGUAAUCUGGCUGCGUAAUUGCCUGCAAUCUGUGUCUCCAGGCAACAGUUGGGCUUCAAGUGCUCUAUUUUGAACUCCGAACAAAGACCCUUUUCUGAUUGGUCCCUCACGUCCCCUCUCGUUAUUUUUACUCCAAUCAUAUUUUGUGUUUACAGGCGGACACAGUAGCAGCGAGUGAGUGGUGAAGGGCUGAGGUGAGAGGAAUUUGCACUGGCACCUUAGAAGCCCCCUGUCUGAUUAGGUCCUCAAAUCUCAGAAAAAUAGACUACAACCUAGAAAAAAAAGUAUUUAAAAAAAAAAGAGCAACCCCGAUGUCCUGAUAUAAUGGGAGUAAUUUCACUGAGUGUUUCUAUUGCUGUUUCAUUGUUUUGUUGUGUUACUGGUUAUGGUGAAGAUAAUGGAGUAAAAUGGGGUUUCGUGUCACUGGUGCAAAGAAAAUCACCAAAAUAAACUUGUGAUCUGCAAUUUUUAAAGUGUUUGGAUCCAUUUAAUAAAUCUGUGCCACAACGA